CGCGAUGUCGCGGUCUUGUUCAAGUCACCCGCGAACCAAGUCUUUCCUCCUAUCUACCACCCACCGUCGUCGCAGCAUCUCCGCGCACGAGCUGUUUGAACAUGGCUACUGCAGAAAUCCCGCCUGCCUACUCCGAAACCGCGAGCACGCCAACUUUACUCUCCGAGUGUGAAGACACCGCGUCGGAAACCACAGUGGAGAUGCUGAGCGCGUCGACCUCCUCCAUCAAGCCGCUACACGAGAGCAAGAAGAGAUCAAUUUUGGAUGUAUACUUGGGCGUUGAGAAUUCCGCGAUCUCGCAGAAGCGGACGAAGUUAGAGGAGAAAAAAGCUCACACUGUGGUAGUGAACGAAGCGCGUGGAUCUAUAGAUGCUGCGAGGAAACGGUUCCUCCACCACCAUCGUGACAUUUUCUUGCCGCUGCUGCCUCCGAAUACCGGAAUUUUCGACGCCAUCGACAGACAGUUGAAGGACGCAGGAGACGAUCAUUCCUUCGCUCAGUUGCACGAAUUUGAUAAACAGCCUCGGCUCAUUCGAGGUCAGAUGAAAGAUUAUCAACUCCACGGAUUAUCCUUCAUGGUGUGGAUGUACAAGAACGGAAUGAACUGUAUACUCGGUGACGAGAUGGGUCUAGGAAAGACCUUGCAGACACUGUCAUUGUUUGCAUACAUCAAGGAAAACACGAAAGGGCACCAACAGCCCCAUCUCGUGAUCUGCCCUCUCUCUGUCCUUUCUUCAUGGCUUGCCGAGGUCGAACGGUGGACCCCCGCACUCAAGGUCCUGCGUUUCCACGGCCAUAAGAGCGAGCGUGAUCGGCUGAAGAACGACAUUCGCGCGGGUACGCUCAAGUUUGAUAUCAUGGUGACGACGUACGACGCAUAUGUUGCGGACGACGGUUGGUUCAAGACACGCCGGUGGACGUACUGCGUCCUGGACGAAGGGCAUAAAAUCAAGAACGCAAAGACGAAUGUUGCCAGCAAGCUUCAGGGCCUCGGUUCGCUGCAUCGACUGAUCCUCACUGGUACGCCAGUACAGAAUGACUUGUUCGAGUUGUGGAGCAUCCUCCACUGGCUCUACCCCACCGUCUUCACGCAGGCCUCUGAGCGCCUGUUCAGGGAAGCCUUCGAUCUUGGUGGCGGGCAGUACUCCAUCCCGUUCCUCAAGGCAGCGGAGAAGCUGCUCGCGUUGAUCAUGCUCCGCCGCACGAAGGCGACUGUCGAAAUCGAUGUACCGCCGCGCGAGGAACUAACGGUCUUCCUGCCGAUGACAGAGGCGCAGCGCUUCUGGACGUACAGGUUGUUGACGCGCAUGGAUACCUUAGACCUGAAGGAGAUUUUCGAUAGCAAGAUCGAGGGUGAUCCGGAGAAUGAGGGAAGGAGGGAGGUGCAGGCGCACCUUGCGCAGGAGGUCAUGCGUAGUCGCACUGGCCAGAAGGACAGGUGGCGGAGACUCAUGAACUUGCUGAUGCAGCUGCGCAAGGUCUGCGACCACCCGUAUCUGCUCCCGGACGCAGAACCGGAGCCCUACUCCAUCGGCGAACAUCUAGUAGCCUCCUCAACAAAACUCAUCCUUCUCGACAAACUACUUGCGGAUAUCCUUCCGAAGGGCGAGCGCGUCCUGCUCUUCUCGCAGUGGACGGGCAUGCUUGACCUCCUCGAGGACUUCAUGGCCUUGCGCAAGAUUCGAUACGCGCGUCUCGAUGGCUCGACGAAUCGUGCCCGACGCGCUCUCGACAUCAAACUCUUCCAGCAGGAAGACUCCCCAUACCAGGUCUUCCUGAUAUCGACGAAAGCGGGCGGGCUCGGGAUCAACCUUACGAAGGCGACGACCGUCGUCCUCGUAGACUCUGACUGGAACCCGCAAAACGAUUUGCAGGCGAUCGCGCGCGCGCAUCGGAUCGGGCAGACGAAGCGCGUGCGCGUUUUGCGGUUGGUCUGCCGCGGGAGUGUCGAGGACCAGAUGCUCGACCGGAUUCGACGAAAGAUCUUCCUUUCACUCAAGGUCAUGGGUACCGACAGCCCGGCUGACGGCGCCGACGACCCACAGAUGAAGACGGACGAAUUGCUGAACAUCCUCCGCAAGGGCAGCAGUGCUCUGCAGGACAGCACCGGUGCCAUGAGUGUCUCGCAAUUCCUGCAUGCAGACCUCAAGUCGAUCCUGGAGGCAUCGAGGGAACGCGACAAUGCACGCACGGCUAAAGCGAAGGUGCUGGAGGGGGCAUCUGCGGACGAGGUAGACGAGAAGCAGCUCCAGGACGCAGACGAAGAGGAGCGCAAGCUCUUGGCAGGUGUCGUCCACGUUCAGAGUAGGCUUUUCGAAGGGAAGGUCGUAGAACAGUCGAAGGGCCCGUCAAAUGCUGACAUCGCUGCUGAGUGGCGGGACAUACAAAAGCGAGCUCGCGAGAAUCGUAUCGUCAAGAUUGAUGGGAUUGAGAUGAUCGCGGACAACAUAAGCCCUGAGGCGCCAGCGCAACUGGCAGCUCCGCAUCCCAAGCCUGUCGUCAAACGCAACAACAAGGAUUUUGACAGCGAAGAUUGGUGUAUUCACUGCCGCGACGGAGGCAGCUUGUUCCUCUGUGGCGCGUGUCCGCGAGUUUUCCAUGCGGAAUGCUAUGGUGUCAGCAAAGGGGCUUUGGAACGGACGAUGCUCGUCUACUGCAUGCAGCACAAAUGCACCGGCUGUCAACGAAAUACCACGGACGCUGGCGGCAUGUUGUUUAGAUGUAGGACAUGUCCGCAAGCUUUCUGCGAAGAUUGUCUCCCGUCAGGAGAUAUCGACGCGAUUGGAGAUGAAUUACCAGAGUUUCUCGUGUUGAACUUUCAAGCGACACGAUCAGCGUAUUACAUUUGUUGCGAUGAAUGCCGUCAACGAAGGUUGGAUGAUCCGGAAUGGUGGGCGGACUGGCAAAAGGAAUUCCAGGCAGCUGAAAAGCAGCUCGCGGAGACUUCUCAAUGACGCCGACACAUGGAUCAUAUCGUAUGAAUGGAAACCCGAACCUAUCUCGUCUUCGCUCGCUCUCGCCUUUGUACCAGCUAUCGUGUUGUCUUGCGUACGUCUGUUGUCGAGUUCGAUCCCUGUGUAUGUGUAUCCACUUGUAUAAUGUACUGUGAACACCCUCU